GUUCAACGGUGGAGGCCGGAGGGACGCACGCGGUUGUUUCAAUUACUUCCACACUUUUUGAAGAACACUGGCCAAGUGUCCCACCAGCGAUAGCCUCGAAGAAAAACAACAACAGGUCAAGGUGUGUGUAUGGGAAAGCACUAUUCGAAAGGCCACACCGAUACCAGCUGCUGGAUACCAGUCCAAGUGUAGCUGUGAGGAGGUGACCCAGGACGAUCCAAUUCUGUUUCCAUGUAAUUCAAACACUGGUAGCUGCAAGCAUGCCAGUGUUUCGAAUAUGGAGCAGUAAUCGUAAAACAAGGAAGACGGUUGCAUGUGAGACAGAUAUAGACAGUCUUUUGCAAAAAGCAAAGGAUAAACUUUGUGUUGUCUCAAGAUCGGCCCGCCUUGUGUUGGAGGCUUGUGGAAGCCUCAUAGAAGACAAUGAAGUGUUAGAAGAAGUGAAAAAUGAAGUUUUACUCCUGUUAACUGAUGAUGAAGAGUAUUCACCAUCCAGCAGCAAGUUACUCGUACAUGGUGGUACUGCACACCAAGAACAAUACACAUCAACUGCUAGUACCAGUACUUCUGCUCCACAGCAAGGUGAACAGGACACACCAAUUGCCACUAGUUCUGCUGCACACCAAGGAGACACACUGGCAGACAUAAGCAACAAUUCAGCUUCUUCGGUAGAAGCUCCUGCAGGUGACAGUCCAGAUGCCACACCUCAACGGCCAUCUACUUUAAUAGCAGAUCCACCUCUGCCUGAACUGUCAGGGGCGACGAAAGCGAUGCUACUAGAGCCUACCUGUUCCCGAAAAGUGUGGCUACAGCUGAUUGAAGAGACAAAAAAUUAUUAUCUAAAGUUUUAUCCCUUGAUUGAAUCAAAUCCUAUGGGGACAUACAAAGCAAUUGGAAUGAAGAUGGUGUCUGCUUAUCCAUCCAUCAAGCGUGAAGGCUUGUUUCCAUGGAGUCAGUUUACUAGGGCCCUCAGUCAGAGCAUUCGAACUGAGCGUUAUAAACAGAAGAGAAAGAGCAUGCCUCAUGUACAACAUGCUCAUCCAGCCCCCAAAAGAUUUGCUUUGGGUAGGAAGCAGUUUACCACUAUAGAGAAUCAAGAACGUGAGCUGACCGAAGACGAAUUCGUGAGGCACACCAAAGAACUUUGCCAGGAAAUGAAAAAGAAAAAUCUUAACACUGAGCAUAUAAAUAUGCUUUUAACUGCUACAAUGGUGAACCGACAAAAGUGGAUAUCAACACUUCCUGGUGGACUCAUCUCACCAAUAUUGAUGAAGUUCCCUUGCUUCUGGAAGAGCAGUUUUAUCAAAACUGAGAUGGAAAGACUUCUCAAGGAUACCACUGAAAGCUGGAAGACUAAAUUGAACAAGAUAUGUGACACACUGAUUAAGAAGGUUCCCAAGACUGACCAUCAUGUAAGUAAUUUUACUUGCUUUCUAUUUUUCUUCACAUACCUAUUCCAAAUUUCAUAA